UUGAAGGUAAGAUGACGGAGAAAAACCCAGUUCCUACGAGGACAAUUCUUUUCUUAAAUCCCAAGAAGCCGAAAGGUAUAAAUUGAGAAUCAAUCAACUGAGAAGAAGGUUUUAGAAAUGUCUUGAAAAUGGCUGUCCUCCGACUCCUCCCAUCUUUUCAAUGCUUCCAUUGCAGGACUCCUCAAUUCCCAUCUUUUCAUUUAAAACUCUCAAUUCCCAACUCUUCUCCGAUUUUGACCCGAAACUGCAAACCAUUUCUGACCGAAAAUACAGGCAUGGCUGUUCCGGAAGUGGACAAGAAAUUGCUUGGAGAGCUUGAAGCAAUGGGAUUUCCGAGACCCCGAGCAACUCGAGCGCUUCAUUAUUCUGGUAAUGCCAGCUUAGAGGCUGCUAUAGAUUGGAUUAUUGAUCACAAUGAUGAUCCGGACAUUGAUGAGAUGCCCUUGGUAACUGUGGACAUUAACAUCGAAUCUCCAGAACCACUCUACAUCACGGAAGGGAUGAAAUUGAAAGCACAGGAAUUAAGGAAUAGAGCACGCAAGAAGAAGGGAGAAGAAGAAAAGAAAUUGGAACGAGAAAGGGAGAAGGAGAGGAUUCAAUCUGGCAAGCAACUCUUAGAAACAAAGCGAAUUUUAGAAGAAAAUGAAAGAAAACGCAAUAUAGAGUUCCGGCAAGCUGAGAAGGAGGAAGAGAAACGAGCAAGAGAGAGAAUUCGCAGGAAAUUAGAACAGGAUAAGUUAGAAAGAAGGGCCAAGCUUGGAUUGCCACUGGAACACCCUGCACCCGAGAAACUUUCAACACCUUUAGCAAGUGAACAACAGAUUCCAAUUCGUGUCAGUUCUGUUGCAAAAUCGGAACACAUGAGAGAGUGUUUAAGAUCCUUGAAGCGCAACCACCAGGAUGAUGAUUCUAAAGUGCGAAGGGCCUUCCAGACUCUGCUAAUUUAUGUGGGAAAUGUUGCAAAGAAUCCUGAUGAAGAAAAAUUCAGGAAGAUCAGACUCAGUAAUCCGUUGUUCUUGGAUAGAGUUGGCAGUUUGGUUGGAGGAAUCGAGUUUCUUGAGCUCUGUGGAUUUGAGAGAACCGAAGGGGAAGAGUUUUUGUAUCUUCCUCGGGACAAGGUUGACAUGGCCACAUUAUACUCAGCUGCUUCUCAUCUGAAGAAUGCAUUGACGAACCCCUUCUUCGGCCUUCUGCAGUAUUGAUGAAUUGUUUUCUCUAGGAAUAUCAUGUUAAAGUUCUUACAUUGAGCCUCUUGCCUUGGUCUAAGAAUUUUACCUUGGGGAAAAUCAAGAACUUGUAAAAAUGAAUGUAGUUUAGUUUGUUUGAUCUGGUAGCACAGUAAUUUAAUUUGUUUGAUCUUAUGGAACUGUAAUUUUACA